AGCAUUUAGUGGUUGACUUAGUUUUGUUAGUGAACAUCGUAGAGUACAACAAUAUCAGUCAUUCGGAAUGAAAAUUAAUCUGAAAAUAGUGAUUUUGGGUGAUACGUCUGUGGGAAAAUCAUCUUUGUUGGCUGGCAAGUAUUAUUCAGAUACAAAUCUACCAAAUUACGGAACUAAUUUUACAACUAAGGAAAUUGUGAUUAAUGGUACAAUCGUAUCAAUUCAGUUUUGGGACAUGCCAGGACUACGGUCACUGCGUUCUUGCUGUGUACCAUAUUAUCGAGGUGCUGAUUGUUGCAUAUUGGUAUACGAUGUCACAUCAUUAGAAUCUUUUGAGUCAUUAAAUUAUUGGAGAGAUGACUUCCUUAACGAGAUUUCAAUACCUAAUGGAAAAUUAUGUCCAUUUGUAGUUAUCGGUAACAAAGUCGACUUAAAUAACAUAAUGGUGGAUCAGGAAUGGGUUAAGUUAUGGAGCAGGGAUAAUGAAAUUUUAUCAUACUUUUUGACAUCGGCAAAAGAUUCAAUAAAUGUUAAAGAAGCAUUCAACACAAUAAUAAAAAUCGCAUUUGAUUUUAAACAAAAAACCUACAUUUAUGAAACUGCAGACGAUCAGAAAGACCAAAAUUCCCUUUUGUUUUGUUGCGGCCUUUUUUCAUGUAUUACCCAUGGUAAUUUGUUUUAACUAAAAUAGGU